AUGAAACAUAUGCUAGCUUUGCUUCCCCUGGCGGGACUCAUUACCCUAGCGACAGCCCAGUACGGUCCGGCCCCACCGAGGCUGAACAUCCCCGGCGCCAUCCCACUGCCACCGAUCCGCGAGGAACGCCUGCUGCCGCAGCAGUCACCGCAAGUAAUACGCGUGCGACGUCCGGGUGCGGUGCGCAUCGCCGCCCCGAACGCCAUCCACCACCACCAACUACCGUCCGCCUCCCCCAAAUUCCACGAUCUCAGCACGAUCGAGCAUAAGCCCGUCACCGAGGAACCGGAGGACGACUUCCGGCCCGCCUUCAUCCCGCAGCUCCAACCCCACCACCAUCCCUCGCCGGCGGUCCUUCCGUCCCCGGCACCGGCUCCACCGUCCCCCGCCGCCUCCCCGGCCCUGCAGUAUCCGAUCCCCGCGGACGAGCAGUCGUCCGAGCGCGACCGCGAACUACAGCAAAAUGUUCUCUCUCGCUUCAAUGCACAGGAAAACCGGCCAGCACCGAUACCGCGCGCCCAGAUCCCGGAACGGUUCUUCUCGACCGACAAGGAACCGCAGCGCUUCCCGGUCGAACGCCCACAGCCCCAGCCCGCCCCGAAGCAGUACCGACCGGCGCCACAGCAACUCGCCCGUCCGGCACCGAUUGCCGCACCGCAGCAGCAGCAACAGUCCUUCCGCCAGCAGCAACACUUCCAGGAUGAGGAUCGGCGACCAGCACCGCAGCAACCGGCCCGCCAACAUUCGUCCCAGGAUCAGGACCGCAAGCGGAAACCGGUAGCGCAGAUUCUGCGCAAGUGGCGCGAAGAGCACGAAGACGGUUCCAUUACGUGGGGCUUCGAGAAUGACGAUGGUUCAUUCAAGGAGGAAACGAUCGGCAUUGAUUGCGUCACCCGCGGUCGCUAUGGUUACGUCGAUCCCGAUGGUGAGAAGCGUGAAUACAACUACGAAACUGGCAUCCAGUGCGAUCCGAACCAGCGGGACGAGGACGAUGAGGACAACCUGGAGGUGGAUUAUCAGGAAAACAAAGCCGUCCUACCGAACGGCGUACGGCUCGAUCUGAACAAUAUGGGCAAAAAGCAGUCCAAGCGACCGAGCGGACAGCAACAAUCGCAGCAACCACAGUACUAUCGUAACUAG